UGAAAUAUUGCUGUUCCGGUUGAUAAAAGGAAGAAAUUAACCGUCUAAUGACUCUUCUGGCCUGAGCCGCAGGUUUGCAGAGCUUCAGAAAUCCGGUCUUUUACUUCAGAGUCUGUUGGUGAAGAACCGCCAAUACUGCACGAGCUGCUGUCCUUGGCAGUGCCUGACCGCUUGGGACAUGUCUUACAAUAAUCCAUACCGAAAACCGCAAGAUGGUUUCAUCACAAGCCAUGACAUGUACCUGGACUCUCAACGUACGUAUCACAGAGAGUCUGGUGCUUACAGGUCAAGAGUCGGCACCACAUCUCCAGAGCAGAUUUACUCUGCACUGUCUCUUACCUCAGAAGAGUUGUCUUCUAUUCCACCUGGUAAGGCUUUGUCCUUUCUGCAAAGCUGUGGAUUAGAUGCUGGGGACCUUAAAACUCUUGCUGAGCUCCCAGAGCAUCUCAUCUCUGCUGAGAAACUUCCAGAGCUUCUCGGCGAGAUCAAAAAGAAGAAAGCUGCCAACAUGUCUUCAUCUAGGUCCUGCACACUCCAACAAGGUUCAUCAAGUCGCUCCUGGGAGGAUCGGAGAUACACUAAACCGGUUGAAUAUUCCUUAGAUUUACCUGGCCAUCAGUCAUAUUCCCAUCAUCGAGAGCAAGGUCAGACCUUGGAUGACCAGUGGGGAAAUGUCCAACCAGCUAGCUCUUCAGCACACACAUACACAACUCCUGAGUCGAAUUUUGUGGUUGACUACAACCAUCUAAAGGACAAAGACACUUAUUUUGAUAAAGCGCCUUAUGCUACAGAAUCUUCAAGGCAGAAAACAACCGCUUUGUCACAGUCUUACUCUAACUACAGCAGAGACGACAGUCAACCCGCAUAUUUGUCCAGCAGAGACGACAGUCAACCCGUAUAUUUAUCCAGCAUAGAUGUCGGGCGACCGUCACAACUCUCCAGCAGAGAUGUCGGGCGACCGUCACAGCUGUCCAGCAGAGAUGUCGGGCGACCGUCACAGCUGUCCAGCAGAGAUGUCGGGCGACCGUCACAGCUGUCCAGCAGAGAUGUCGGGCGAACGUCACAGCUGUCCAGCAGAGAUGUCGGGCAGUCCUCACACUUGUCCAGCAGAGAUGUCGGCAAACCAUCGUAUGUGUCCAGCAAAGUCUUCGGGCAACCAUCGUAUCUGUCCAGCAGAGAUGUCAGUCAAUCCUCACACCUGUCAAGCAGAGAUGUUGGGAAACCAUCAUAUCUGUCCAGCAAGGAUGUCGGGCAAACAUCGUAUCUGUCCAGCAAAGAUGUUGGGCGACCAUCAUACCUGCCCAGCAGAGAUGUCGGGCAACCGUCAUAUCUGGCAAGCAAAAAUGUUGUGCAACCAUCGUAUCUGGCCAGCAAAAAUGUUGGGCAACCAUCGUAUCUGGCCAGCAAAAAUGUUGGACAACCAUUACCGCUCAUCCCAAACCUGUUCAGCAGAACUGUUGGACAACUCUCAAACCUGUCCAGCAGUGAUGGCGGGCGAUCUUCUUUUAUUUCCAGUAGAGGUGUCAGCCGUUCCCCACACCAGUCCAGCAAAAAGAGUCAACCUUCACACCUCUCUGGCAGAAAUGUUGGUCAGCCCUCUCAUCACCAGAAGGCAGGGGUUCAUAAGGUGCCAAACAGGAAGGAGGCUUCCGACUUCCAUGGAAGAACUCCACCAGUAUUUCCUUAUGCUUGCGUACUCUGCGAGAUCACUGUUCUCUCUAACAAGGACUGGUCUGUGCAUAUAAACGGACCUCAGCAUGCUAAUAGUCAACUCAGUCUUGUGGAAAGAUAUCCAGAAUGGGAUCAGAAGAUACAUUCUGCUCGCAGGAACGAGCCUGUUCCUGAGAAGCAACUAUCUAGAACCAGACAGGAGCGAGGUGAAACAUCAAGCAGUAGAAAUGAUUCCUCGAGCAGCAGAAGCGGAUUGUCAGGCAAUAAAAGCAGCAAUAACCUGAAUAAAACAGAAGUGAAUGAGAAGUGCAAAAUGGUGUGUGUAAAGUUCGAGGUGGAUGAAGUGAACGAAGCUUACCUGAAACAACUGCUUGGCCAGUUUGGAGCGAUUGUCAAAUUGACAAUGUUUUCUAGGAUGGCUUUUGUGGAGAUGGGAUCAACAGACCAGGCGGGGGAUGUAGUGAAAUAUUUCCUUCAAAACCCCUUGAAGGUCAAGGCCAAGCUGCUAGAAUUUUCCCUAUCGUCGUUGUCAUCAUGCAGUAUGAUCCAGACUUCUUGUGUGGUGAGCUUCAUGCCAUUACCUGCUGGUGAAGGUGUGAGCUCCGAGUUGACCGCCAUUGCGAAGCGCUUUGGAUCAGUAAAACAUUCCCUGUUUUUGCCAAGCCGGGGCUAUGUGGAGAUGGGCAGUGCUCAAGAAGCCAGCAAAUUGGUGGAGCAUUAUUCCACCAAUUCACUGAAAUUAAAAGGAAAAACUAUCCACGUUAGCUUCUCAGCAGAGUACCUGAAACUUGGUCCUGAGAAAGAAGAACCCGUAACCAGGAGCAGCAACAGGAGGAGGAGGAGUUUAAGCCCACAAAGAAGAUCCCGCAGUUCUCGAAGAGACUCUCCCAGUCCCAAACGAAGGUCCUCUGUAGAGACGUCCAGGUCCCGCAGGAAUUCUUACUCUAGGAAACGGCGACGCUCCAAAGAAAAGUCAGGACAGAAUAAUUUAUCUAGAUCCCUCUCCAGAAAAUCACCUUCCAAAGACCAAAGCAAGCAAACUGCCGAGAGUGCAGAGGAGAAAACCGAAGACAAGAUGGAUCAAUCUGACACCCUGUGUGAUGACAGUGACCUCGAAGGCGUGGCUGUUAUAGCAGAUGAUUGUGAAGAGCUUAACUCAGAAGAUGAAGAUUACAUUGAAAUCGAUCAAGAAGAUGAUGAGGAUCAAGGUUCCUCAGUGGCUCUGGAUGAACAGGAUGAAUCUGAAGACAUGCAGGAUGUGAAAGAGUCUGAUGAUAUAGGUACAGAUGUGUACACGAUAAAAUCAGGGAGUGUUUUAAAAGAUACAAUUGCAGAUGGAUCAAGUGAGUGUAAGGAUGUCAAAGAGCUUCUAGAAAACCAAGAAGCAACAAAAGAGGAAACUGAAGAAGGUACUGAUGGGUCUAUGGAGUGUAAAGAAGCACAAGAGCUUCGAGAACACGAAGAAAUAAUAAAAGAGGAAAGUGUACAACGUACAAAUGGGACAUUGGAGUGUAAAGAAGCACAAGAACUUCAAGAAACAAAAGGAAUAAAAAAAGAGGAAAGUACAGAUGGGUCACUGGAGUGUAAAGUUUCAGAAGAGCUUCAAGAAAACCAAGGUAUACAAAACGACAAAACUGUGGACAUUUCAGAUGGAUCUACUGAGAUAGUCAAUGAGUCCCAGCAAAACCAAGAAGCAACAAAAGACGAUACUGUGGAAAGUACAGAUGGAUCAUUGGAUUGUAAGGAAAACCAAGAAGUACAAAAAGACGAAACUGUGGAAAUCUUAGAUGUGCCAAGUGAAUGUAAGGAACCUCAAGAGCUUCAACAACACAAAGAAGUGCAAAAAGACAAUACAGAUGCAAUGGAACAGGAGGCGUCAGACGUACCUAUGAAUCUGGAUGGUUGCAUCACCCUAGAAGAAUUUAAAGAGGAAAUGUCCGAGAAAGGUGAUGCAGAGGAGAUAUCUUCUCCAAGCACUGGGGAAGAGUAUGGCAGGGUCCUUGAGGUGAAAGGUUUUCCUCCAGCUAAAAAAUAUAAUGAAGAUGAUUUGCUGAACAUUGGCAAAAAGUGUGGAGAAGUGGCAGGCUGUUGUGUAGUUCGCAACCAUCGAAAGGUGGAGAAGGCAUUAAUUGAAAUGGUCAAUGCUUCUGAUGCUUCUAAACUGGAAGCCGAGUCUAAACGGCAGAGCUUUAAACUUGGUGGCAAAGUCUUGAGGAUAACGGUGUCAACCAAAUACACCCAAAUAAAAAAAAGAGUAGGCAUUGAAUCUGACUCUGAGAAAGCAGAAGGUGAGACGCAUGUUGAAGAGAAAAAUGAGGAGGAAGUGCAUGGGGAAGGGAAGAACGAAGAAGUCAUGGAUGUAGAAGAGAAGAACGAGGAAGCCUCAAACUCAUCGACUCCUUUUGAGGAGAUAUCAGGAAUGCCUGCUGAGUCUCAGACCUAUGAAGAAUGUGCUAAAGCUCAAAAGGAAACCAACCUGGUCACAAUAAUGCAGACAUCCAGUGAUGAGGAGGGAGAUUAUGGCAAAGUUCUCAGAAUUGGAAACCUUCCAUUCACUGAUGAAUACACGGAUGCAGACUUUGUAGGCAUUGGAGAACUGUAUGGAAAAGUAAAGCAUCAUUGGCUGUUUCCCCCGGAUCAUAUGGGACUGAUUGAAAUGGAACAUGCAUCUGAUGCUCAGAAGGUUGUAGCUGCAGCCAACAACAAUGAGAUUUCAAUCGCUGGGAAACAUCCCAAGAUUAAAGUGUCAUUGAAACACAGCCAUUUAAAUAAAAGGUAUUUUCAACAUGGAUCCAGUAACCGUUCUCAAAAGGAUGAAUCCAAAACACCAAACCUUAAUGAUAAUGAAGGUGUGAACUCGGAGGAUGAGAAACUGGUUGGCAGAGCAGAAAAAAUGAUUGAAGAUUCAUUGAUGGAUGAUGCUGUGGGCACAGAGUUUGUUCGGCCUGUGGUGGGCUACUUCUGUAGCUUGUGUAACGCCAUUUAUGCCAGUGAGGAAGAGGCCAAGAAUCAACAUUGUAGGACUGUUUUACACAAUCAAAAGCACAAGGAACGCAUGGAGCAAAACAGUUCAACAUAAACCAGCCCAAUUCAGAAAUAAUGGAGUCCAGAGGAAAUAAGCUUAUUAUAGUUUAAUUGCUUUGCAAUGUACAUAGCCAUCUUAAUUUCGGUAUGAGUGUGGAAAAAAAUGUUACAUAAAUGUCUUUUAUUAAAAAAAAAUUGUGUUUUGAAGUCAUGAAGCAUGUACGGUCUACAGUGUAUUGUAUUACAUUUAUAAACAGUAAAAAAAAUUGCUCGAAAUAAAACACGGCUCCUGUAAAUAA